AUCGGAUCGAAAAUGGGAGGGGGCUCUUCCCCCUGGGGCGCAAACGUUUCCUAUGUAGGUUAGCAAGCCGUGGGGAUGUAGGCCGGCUAUAUACACCGCUUCCAAGUCCAUCUGACAGUUCAUUUAAAAGUGUUUCUUCGCCGUCUGUUGUGGAAAUAUCAUUAGUAUAAAAUAUGUGGCGCCAGCUAACGUUGCUCCUUGUAGGAGCUGUAGCAGUAAUGGCUCAAAGAAGGUUAGCUCUUCCUGAUCCUAGGAGUUGUGCGAAUAGAGUACGUCAUGCAACAUACAGAGAUGCCAGAGGAGUAACCCAUUCGUACUUCUUCAGUUGGGAGCACCAACCCACCAGUAGGUUAGAAGUCGAUUGGCUCGAUGCCAGGAAUAUAUGCAGGCGGCAUUGUAUGGACGCCGUUUCCCUAGAAACCCCACAGGAAAACGAAUUCGUCAAGCAAAGGAUAGCCAGAGGCAACGUUCGUUACAUCUGGACCUCAGGAAGAAAAUGCAACUUCGCAGGUUGCGAAAGGUCCGAUCUCCAACCUCCAAACGUUAACGGGUGGUUUUGGUCUGGAUCCGGAGCUAAAAUCGGACCAACCACUCAAAGAAACACCGGAGACUGGAGUUUUACUGGAGGUUUUGGACAGGCACAACCUGACAACAGAGAAGCUGCGCAGGGUAACGACGAAUCUUGCUUAUCAAUCCUCAACAACUUCUACAAUGACGGCAUUAAAUGGCACGACGUUGCUUGUCACCACGUAAAACCUUUCGUAUGCGAGGACAGUGAAGAACUUCUCAACUUUGUGUCUUCCAGGAAUCCAGGAAUUCGUCUUUGAGAGGUUCUAGAAGAAACAUUGCGUACCUUCAAAAAUGACCAAAAAAAAAAACGGUUUAUAGAACAUUCUCCCAACUGUAUGUUAAUUUUUCCUGAUUAGUAUAAUGUUUGUUUUAAAUCAGUACAAAAUUUAUGUAUUUAUUUCAUAACUACAUCCUCUUAAAAUUUGGUCAUUUCCUUAUUCGUUUUCCUCUUCCUUCUUCCCUCAUGAU